GUGAGUAAAGCGUGUAAGUGGAAGUUUGCGCUGAACGGUAUGUGUUUUGAUAUUUGUCGGCCACCGUAGAGCAUAAACACAUGCGGAAUCUGAUACAACAUGUAAUUCCAACUCAAUCGAAUUUAAAAUAUAAACUCAAAUUGUCUGUGCCUAGUGUCUCUGCCAACAAGGUAAAUACAUUUAAUUUGAUCCUUUCAAGGAUUAAUUUAGCAGAAUGUUUCGAGCUCAAGGCAGUAUUAUCUUUAGCCUGUAGCAUGUGCGGAAUCAGGCUCUAGUAGAGAAGAAACUGUCAGACCGAAAGGGUUGACGUGCCUAUUUUGAUUACGGCGUGUGCAAAACUCCACCAAUUGUUGUAAUUUUAUUGGUGGUAAACACAUCUGUCGUGAUCGUUUCUCCUUUGUCGUUUAUUUAGGGUAUUUCUGGUGUUUUGUUGUUUUUUCGACUCAGUCAUGGCAUCACCGGAGUUUCGGUCUGUGUUUACACUGUGUGUAGAUCAAAAUGUCACUGCAGGGCUGAGAGAGGUGUCAGGACUGCUUGGCCAUCAGGAACCUCUCCCGUCCACUGCUGCUUCCUCCAGUGAGGAUGGAAGAUCAAGAGAGACUGCAACAGUCGGAGAGGUGUCAGACAAGAUGUUCUGCUCAACUUGCCAGUGUCCUUUUGAGAGUCGUGACGAGCAGAUGGAGCACUACAAACUUGACUGGCACCGCUUUAACCUGAGACAGCGUCUGGAAGGAAGAUCUGCGGUCACAGUGGAUGAGUUUGAGAAGAAGACUGGUACAGGUGAUAUUUCUAGCAUUUCUGGUUCGGAUUCGGACAGUGAAGAUGGGUUUCUUGGAGAUGAAGUGACCCCUGAGGAGACAGACCACACUCUGGACACAGAUCAGUCCUCAUAUCGACUUUCUACUAAAGUUGUCUUUCAAAACAUGCAUGGAGAGUAUCUAUCAUUGUAUAGAUGUGUUCUGCAAAGCAAGAGAGACAAUGAAGAAGAUUUGGUUUCCUCUUUACUGAAAAUAUCAAACAACACUAUUUGGGUCAUUCUGAUGACUGGUGGUGGACACUUUGCUGGAGCAGUUUUUAAGGGAAAAGAGAUUCUUCAACAUAAGACGUUCCACCGGUAUACGGUGAGAGCAAAACGAGGGACUGCGCAGGGACUGAGAGAUUCUCAGAACCGCAGCCAUACGCCUAAAUCUGCAGGGGCUGCCCUCAGACGCUACAACGAGACCGCACUGGUUAAGGAUAUUCACAAUCUUCUGGAAAGCUGGGCUGAGUAUUUAAAGGAAGCAAGUGCCAUCUUCCUACGAGCACCGAGUUACAACAAGACCAUAUUUUUGGGGGGUCGUGGAGCUCCCUUGGAUAAAAAAGACAGGAGAGUCCGUAUAUUUCCAUUUGCCACUCGCAGAGCCACAUUUAGUGAAAUUAAGCGAGUCUUUGAUCUGCUCUCAACUCUACAUGUUUAUGGCAAAAACACUGAAAUCUCCAGUAUUUUCAGUCCAUUGAAGAAAGUGUCAAAGAAGAAAACUGUUAAACCUGUCAGUCAGACAAUCCCUGAGCCAAACACUAAUGUUCCUGCAGAGACAGAAGAUGUCGAGGAAGGAAGUUCAGGGGAGGAAGACUCGGGAGUUUUAGAGACAGUGGAGGUGACACUAGGAACCCUGGACCUCAGAGAAUAUGAGGUCUAUCUUAAUAAGAAGAAAAGGAGGAAACGGAAAGAGAAAAGAGAAGACUCAAGCAACAGAGAAAUUACUCUUAAAAAAGCAGAUGAUGAAUCGGUGGAAGAAGGUGACCUUGAGGGUGAAGUUGACUCCACAGAGACUCAAAGAAAGUCAAAGAGCAAGAGAAAACCCAAAGACAAAAAACAGCAGAUAGAAGAAGAUGAAGUUGAUGAGCCGUGGGAAUAUAGUUUGAGGGACGCUCUCUACACCGCCAGUAAAACAGGGGACAUUCAAACCUUACGCACCCUCCUGCAGCUCCCAGAGGACCAGGAAGAGAAAAAGGAGGGUGGAGAAAGGACCGCCCAAGACAAUCCUACCUCCGACACCUCUAGGGUCUUGGGUCUUCUUAACAAGCCCAUAGACUCAGCCGGCUUCACUUUACUGCAUGUGGCAUCCGCAGCCGCACAGAAAUCUGUCAUCAGACUGUUAUUGGAUGCAGGGAGUGAUCCGGCCAACAAGGAUAAGAAAGGCCAGACUCCAUAUUGUGUUGCUCAUGAGAAAGAUGCUCGAAACACAUUUAGAAAAUACAUGGCCGAGCAUCCUCAGAAGUAUGACUACACUAAAGCACAGGUUCCUGGACCUCUGACUGACGAAAUUGAAUCCAAAAAGGCAGAAAAGAAGAAAGCCCAAAAAGCAGCACGGAAACAGAGAGAGAAAGAGCAAAAAGAAGAGAAACUGAAGAAACAGCUAGAGGAGGACGAAAAGAAGAGGUUCACAGCUCUCAGUGACCGAGAGAAGCGAGCUCUGGCAGCAGAGAGAAGAUUGGCUGAACAUGUGGUCACAACUGGAGUAACUCUCACCAACAUCAAGAGAUGCUUUCAAUGUGGAGAGUCAAUGCUGGGGAAGAUUCCUUUUGAAUAUCUGGACUACUCUUUCUGCACACCUCGCUGUGUCCAAGCCCAUCGCAAAGCCAGUGCUGCUGCCCGGCCCUGACCACUCCGUGUUAGUAGAGUGAGAGGUGUAGUGGUAGAACAAGAAAUUGUGACCAUAUGUCAUUUUACAUGAUCUGGAAGUGGACUGGAUGAGAAAACGUUCAUCAAUCUGACAUUUCACAAUGACAAAAUGACUGCUGGGAACUGGAAUAGAAAAUGAUUGAUGAAGGUUGUUAUUGAUCUUGAAGAGAACAAAAUGGGCAAAAGAUAAAUAGAAGUAAUUGUGUAAGGUGUCUAGUCCUUGUAAGUCAUUUUGUUUCACUUUUGCGAGUCCUCUUUCUCAGGACGCAGACCAAUCAAAGUGAUUUAAAAAAAAAUAAGUUCUACAUCUGAGAAAUUGACUGUCUAUGAUAGUUAAGAUUGACUUUUCACAGGGAUUCGAAGCUGUGGCAGUAAAAGAAUAAAAACAACAACAACGAGUGCAUAAUUAUAAACCAGCAUAACUUGUGACAAAACCAAAACGUUGACAGGAAGACAACACAAAAUGCUACUGUCUCUCAAAUAAAGACUGGAACAAUUGCAUCCCUUUUUUUUACCCAUGAUUUUUUUUUCAGAGCUGGAAUGCUUUGUUUGGCUUAUUCAUAACUAUUUUAAAUCAUGCCCCACAAAAAAAGCUGAAUUUAGAUUUAUGGUACUGGGAUUUCAGUCAUCUAUUUUCAAGCAGAGAGACUUAAGCACAUCUAGGUCUUGAUUUCUUAAACUGUAUGUAUGUCAUAUAAAUUACUAUAACAAUUAAGCAUUUUACCUUUCCUUGAGCCAUCAACUGACUUAUUUGUUAAUACUAACUGACUUAGUAUUUAACUGAGUUAAAUACUGAGUAAAGUGAUACAAAUUACAGUAUGUUAUUAUGACUAGCAUUGAAAUGCUUCAUAGCUUUGAGCAGUGUUCAAGACAUAUGCAUGUACUGUAAAAACAUGAUGUUUGCAGAAAUGCUACAUUGAGCAGUUGGCAAGGCUAUCUAGUGCUUUGUUAGAGUAUGUUGUUAUGUGUUGUGUCCAGUGCUGUUCAGCUGAGGCCGGUACAUAAACAAGAUUCUGCUGUGUGAUGCAACGCUCUCCAACUCCAGCACUGUGAUGCUAAGAAAAGGUCCAGGGACAUACAGCGACUGCUGAGGACCGUUCUGGGUCCAGUAUCAUCCCAGGUUCACCCCAUUUACCCACACCUGACCCUGAGUGCCAAAAAAAUAAAUAAAAAUGAAUAGACAAAAUUGU